AUGAAAUUCCUUCAGGUAGUACAGAGAGAUGAUGAUGAUCCUCAAAGGGAGGGGAAGGUUGAUGAGGAAGAACCAGUGGCCCAGCUCAAGAAGGAGCCCAAGAAGACAAGAAAGGUAAGAUGGCAGGAGUGACAGGGCAACUACUAGACUAGUAACACUCAAUUGUCACAUUAGCUGCAUUGACCUGAUGUAACAUGUCUAUUAUUUGUGAUCUGGAAUCUAUUCUAUUCUAUCCAAGGCCAAGAGGAAAAGUAGUGCCAAGAAGUCAGAGGAGCAGGGCACUGAUACAGAUGCAGGUCAUAGAUUUUCCCUCUGUAGUAUGUUGGUUCUCUAAACCUGCAUAUCACAGAUAAAGGUAAUGUUAGAAACUUUAGUCUAACUGUAGUCAAACUGGAGUCAGUAAGAAAUGUUGCAUGGAUAGAUUUAUUCAAUAGAAUUGUUACAAUAGGACUAUCAAAGUAUUGUAUUAAGAGAAAAAGCGUCUGAUUUAUCCAGAAUUUUCCUCUACGGUAAUCACACCUUUAGGAUUGAGGAAUAAACACCUGGACAGAGGAUCUGUUAUUGAGCUCCUGGAGAAGAAUGCUCUUAAGGCUGCAUUCGGCCCAGGCAACAAAGAUGAGAUGGAGUACUGCUACCCAAUCCUCAUCUCAUUCAUGCGCAAUCUUACUGAUGAGUAUGUUAUGGCCAUGUUUUGCUCUAGCCUCACAUAUUUUACAUGUCUAAACUCUUGUGCAGUAGGAAAUAAAAAGCAACUAAAACACUUUUAUUUUUUAUUUUCUAGGCAGUGGCAGGUGAUCUAUAAAGGAUUACAAAAACCUGUACGUUUCUCCAACAGCCUUUGACCUUUGAUUUGGGAAUGUUCUGUUGAAUCAAGAGAGGGGAAUUAAUCAUAAUUAUAUUCUACUAUUACGUUCAUUAAUCUGUCAGACUUGAUCCAACUUUGAAUUCAGUCACAGACAAGAAAAAUGAUUUUGAUAACAUGCAUUCUGUUCAAUAUAGGAUACUUUACAUCACAGUUUCAUUGCCAAACCUGCUGUGUUCUGUUCUGUUUGUGCAAUACAGAUGACAAAGGAACAGCUUGCCAAAUUGUGCAAGACCAUUGUCAACUUCAUUGCACAGACCACCCUGCAAAUCCUGCUGCCGGCCCUGGCGCGCAUUCUAGGGGUGACUGGCUUUUAUGACAACACUGACUCACCCAAGAGGGACGGCAGUGCAAGAUCCUUCACUGCCUUUGAGCAGAAAAGACUGGAGCUCAUCCAGGAAGUGAACUAUUUGGCGAAGGAGAUGUGUAACAGUGGCGGCAGGGCUCACCAACCAAGGUCUAGCACACCCUCUUCCAAGAGGUACUGUAUGUUCCCCAUAAUGUAUGUGUGUGUGUGUGCGGUUAAUCCUAACACUCAUGAACUGAUGCACAAUAACUUCUCCAUUUUAAAUAUUUCCCAGCUUUCAAGCAGGUGUGUUUUGCGAUAUCUAAUGCACACAUGUAAAUUAAAUUUAGAAUACUACAAUUAUAAUGCUUGUUAGAUUUGUUAGCAGUAAGAGAUCGAUUUGCCAACUUCAGACAGCAAUUAACAUGCUUUGCUUGUUCAUUUUAAAGUUCCCAGACCUCAAUGAAAGUCCACUUGGGAAUGCCAGAGGACAGUAUCAUCAGCAGUGUCCAGGAGCAACUCUCUGACCAUGAGAUUUUGGCCUCUUGCCCACCUGAGCUGACCGUUGGUCUUAUCAAGGAGGUGCUUGAACAGCUCAACUCGGCCCUCUCUGUGACCAUCAGUAGAACCAUUUCAGGGCGGUCUUCCCCGAUUGCCUCUGGUACUCAGGCCGCUGAACAGAUGAUUAACGUGGUCCAAAAGUUUUUCUAUGAUCACACCACUCCAGAGGAACAGUUAGAUGUUGAUUCCUACAUUCCAUCUGCAACAGAAGAGGUGAUCAAUGUUAUUGCAGACAUGGUGGAUGAAUUGAAAGGAGAAGAUGCAGAAUCGGCUAAGCUGCUUCAAGAAGUGGCUGUGAAAGUUAAAAUGUUGACAUCUGGCAGUGACCUUGCAGUGGAGCAACUGGACGAUGAUGAAUCUUCUUUCCCAGAGGAGCUGAACUCGUGUAUAUCUUGCAAGGCAUUGGUGAUAAACCUUGACAUUCUGUCAAGUACCAGGUUCAAGACCAAAGCCUCAAAGGCUGUGAGCGAGAUUCUAGUGAGAUGGUUCCGCAGGGGAACCUCUGGUUUGGUUCAACAUUCCCAUUCAUUUACUGUCUUUCCCAGCUUGAUGAAUGUGUCUGACCCUGACACGAUCCAUCAUUCCGUGGCCACUCGGCUCAUACAGAGCGAUGUGGAUUCGGAGGCGCCAUUCAUAAUUGAUAGCUUUGUUGAAGAUGUCAAAGACAUCGUGAAGCAAGCUGAAUUAGAUCAGCCAACAAGCACCCAGAGAGAUCCCCAAGUGGGACACUGUAUGCCAAAUCGAAAACCCUUUCACACGGCUCGUAGACUCUGUGACAGGCUCCAGGCAAAGAUAAAAGCAUUAUUUCACAGAAUGGGUGGAGAUGCAGUCCAAAGGGAAGAACUUCUGGAGAAAGCUGACUCCAGUGCUGUGCUUCUGGGGCACACUGACUCCAGUGUUCUGCCUGGUUCAACCCUGAACUCAUCUUCAGCAAGGAGUGAAUCAACCGUAGCAGAAUGCAGUUCAUCUGCUGUUCCUAGUGGAUGUGAUUCAUCUGGCUCUGUAGAAGAGAAAACAUUUGAGACCAGAGCAGAUUGUACUCAUGGUCAGAACUCUCCUCUGCUCAGUAAGAGUGAGGCCAUACUGCAAGAGGUCAACUCAACUGGACGUGGUGCUCUCCGCAAAUGCCAGAGUGAGAACUCCCAACCUUUACUUGUUCUCUGUGAUCCAAACCUGGAGCCCUGCACCAAAGAGAUCUUAUCUCAGAUUGUGACUGUGUAUAGGUCCGAGAGGGCAGAUUUGGAAUCCACAUCCAGUGUUGUAGAGAGUUCCUCUUACAACUCCCUCGAAGUCUGUGACUUUUUGGAUGGUAUCAUGUCUUACCUAGAAGACAUGCCUGUGUCCAGUUCCUCAUCAUUGGAGGGAGUAAGUGUUACUCCAGCCUCAGUCAUUGAGAAGCUCUCGAGUGAAGCGUUUCAGAUGAAGGCAACGAACAAAGUCAGAAAAAUACUGAUCAAAUCUGUUGAUCGCUUCCCCAGCAAAGUCGGUUCAAGCCAGACAGAUUCUCAAGUGUCGCCAGCAUUAUCCACCAUUUCCUCAAAGCAUACAGAUUCAGCUGCUUUUGAAAUUGUUGGAUCAAUUGCGAACGAUAUGAAGAGCAUUUUCCUGCCCACAGAGUCUCCUACUACUCUAUGGCAGGCAGACUCUAUGCUUCAACAGAGUGAUGAGAAAACCUCAGCCACUAAGGCUGCAGCUGUAAGCUCCCAGACUGGUGUGGAAGUAUCUGAGAAGAAGAUCUGGAUAACUGCAAAGACUAUUUACAACAAUGUGAAGGCAAAGAUGAGGAAUUAUUUCUCAUUGCAAAGACAAGCCAAAGCAAUGAAGGCUCAAGCCAAAAAGACCCUCAGCCAUAUUCUGGUUUCCAUUCAGAAAGAACUGUCCAAAUCUGACCAAAUGGUGACUGCAGGAGAGCUUUCACAAAUAGAUAAAGUGGUUGGAACUAUGUUGGAGAACAUUGAGAAGAUAAGCAGUGAAUGUGGCGAGGAACUGGUCUAUCAAGAGUCACUGCGCUUUUCCUCCUCGUUGUCAUCCUCAUCUGCCAAAUCACAGAAGUCAGAGUGGGAAUUUGCACUCCCUGGCACUCCCAUCCCUUCUGAGUUACCCGAGAGUACUUCUCAGCCCAUUGUAAGAUGCUCAGUCAUCGACAUGAGCGGAUCUACUAAGCCAAAAACAUUGGUGUGUGAUGCCAGAACAAGCAUGUUUGCGAUAGCAGAUACCAUCAUGAAGAAGGUAUAUCCAGAGGCAGAAGGGCAGGUUACAUCUCACCCUGAUAUAACAGCUGCAAUAGCUAGACUGGAGGAGUUCAUAUCUCAGGGUAGGAUUGGUGCUCUCUCCCGUGAUCUCAGUCACCAAGUCAACCGCAUAAUUUCUGAGAGCAACUUGACCCCUCUGGUACUGACAGUGGUGGCUGGAAAGAGUGCAUCUGAUACCGUCCUUUCGAAGCUGAAGAGGAAUGACAAGGUGGGGAAGCCCACAACUUACGAGCUGGUUCAGCUGUUUGCAGAGGAGUCUGUUAAGUGCCUCCUGCUUCCUAGCCUUGUGCCCUUUUUAACUUCAACGAGUUUGGCUCAGGGAGCCAGGGUGUUGGCUAGAGUGUCUGAAGAUAGAAUUUCAUGCUCUUCUUCUUCAUCAGUAUUUAGUGACACAGUCAGUCUCUUUACCAAAGUUAUGGUAAGCCAGGUCAUGGACUCUGUGGUUUCUGAUGCACAAAGUAGAGGGUCCUCUCCAACUGAAUCUCUCCAAGCAUCUCAAACCACUAUAACUGAUGUGGGCAUUCUAUUGAGUGGCAAGACCUCCCCUCGGCUGUGUCUUUCUGGCGUCAUUAUGGCAACAAGUGAGACCUCCAAUGCAGCACGAAACGUUAAGGCCAACAUGGAUGCAGAGGAAGUGGAUACCACCAGUUGUUCUGGUGUAGCUCGGAACAUUGUCAGGGACGAUAUGUCAACCAGCCCAGACAUGGUCAAAGAUGUCCCACUUCCAACCCCAUCCUCUGAUAACUCGGGCAGUGAUGAUGACUUCACCGGCCUCAUCAGCAUGUUAGUGGUGAGACUUCUAACAAAAAUCCAAACCCCAACAGAAGAGUACCCAGUUGACGUCACACGCAAGUCACAAGACCUGAUCCCCAAAGUUAUUGCUGUCUUCUGUGCAUGGUCAGGCUGCUCUGAGACCCAAGCCUAUCCAGAGAACCUGAGGAUUCAUAAAGUCUACAGGGCCGUCUACAAAAAUAUGUUGGAGGAGUUUGGCUCAGAGAAAAUCCUCCAACUGGCCGUGUCGACUCAGGACUCUUCAUUUGAUAGGAUUCUUGUCAAGUCUUUGAGUGGAGUGCUUCUCCACAGAUGUAAUGAGGCAUUGAGGGCAGACUCAAGAACAUCAGUCAAAGCCACCGGGCCUGAGGCUCUUCCACUGGCUGAGGAUGUGAGGGCUAGCAGCGGGAAGUUAUCUUUCCUACAAAGGCUGGCCAGGCUGACAAGCAACUUAAAGGUACAGCAGACUUAUUUAAAUUAACAGUUGUGGGAGACAAUGUGAGUCAACAAUGCUAUUCAGAGUGUAAAAAAUCAUAAACCAUCCAUUCAUUCCAAAACCAAUCAUAAAUGUUGUUGUGCUGGUGUGGUAGAUGUGAUUGUUAUUAUCAUGAGGUUGUUCAGCUGUGACAUUGUUAUAUUUUUUUUUUACAUGUUUUUCUCUUUAAAUAAUUAGCUAUUCAAGAAGGGGAACAAGAAGGAUUCCCACUGCCCCGAAUCAGAACAAGGACAGACCACUGCUGAAGAUAGCAUGCGUAAAUCCACAGAACAGGACAUUUUCUGUUUUAGAUAUUGAUGUAUAAAGAAAUGCUAUUGCAAAAUAACCCUACAAAGGUUAUAAAGCCUAUCAAUAGUCAUCUCUUAUGUAAAAUUAUUUAUAUUCUCCAAACCUCAAGCUGUUGGUUCUCAUUUAUCAGUGUAAGUUAUGUUGAGUUGUAACUGAGAAUAGAUGUUAGCCUACAUUACAUAAUUUCUAAAUUAAAGUGCAUGUCUCACUCUCUUCUGUAGUGCCCAGCAUAGUGCCACAUGCUGCCGUGUCUCCACUGCCAGAGGAUCUCCCCUCCAGCUCUCAACAGGAGACACCUCACAAACAUCCACUUCUC